AAUCGUUCGCUCCGGCUGACCCCUCCCCGGCCCCCUCCUCUCCUCCCGUCCGUCUCUCCGCGCUCCAGCUCCACGCCAAUUAAACCCGCCUACUCCCUCCCUCCCGGCCUCUCUCUCUCUCUCUCUCUCUCUCUCUCUCUGUGCGUCAUUUCCGUUUCCGUCUCUCCCUCUCCUCGCCCACACGUCCAAAACCGAAGGGAGCAAACGAACAAAACCCGGCCGAGUAACGCAGGAGACGCGCGGACGUUGCGCGCAGAACGACGCGUAGUAGUGCAGCGCUGCAGGCGGCAGGGCAGGGCCAGGCGCGGGGGCAGAGGCAGAGAGCAAGCAGCAGGGCCGGGCCGGGAGGCCGGAUACGAUGGAGGCGGCAGCGUCGUCAGCCGAGUACGGGUACUACGGCGGAGGCGCGGCGGGCCCACGCGAGAGGAAGACGACCGCGGCGGCGGGGUGCGGGGACCACUUCGUCGUGGACGACCUCCUCGCGCUGCCGUACGACGACGACGACGAGGAGGAAGGCGGCGGGGAGGCGGCGCCGGCAGGCGACGGCGGCGAGGCCCCGCCGCCGUGCCUGCAGCCUGCUGUCGACGCCCGCCACGGAGUCGUAGGCCUCGUCAAGGAGGAGCGCGGCGGCGGCGGCCUCGGGAAUUUCUCCGCCGACUCGUCCACCGUCACGGCCCUGGACAGCUGCAGCAACUCCUUCUCUGGGCUAGCCGACGGCGACUUCCCGGGGGAAUUCUGCGAGCCGUACGAUCAAUUGGCGGAGCUGGAAUGGCUAUCCAACUACAUGGGUGAGGGCGAGGAAAGUUUCGCCGCGGAGGACCUCGAGAAGCUGAAGCUCAUUUCCGGCGGGUUCUCCCCGGCUCUGCCACCAGCUCACGUGGCCCCAGCGGCCGCAGCUUCAGCCGCCGCCGCCUCGGCGGCACAGCCCGGUAUGUUCCUCCCGGAGGCGCCGGUCCCCGCAAAGGCCCGUAGCAAGCGCUCCCGCGCGGCUCCGGGCAACUGGUCGUCGCGGUUGCUCGUGCUCCCGCCGACCCCGGCCUCACCACCGUCCCCGGCGUCCAUGGCCGCCAUCUCGCCGGCGGAGUCCGGCAUCUCGGCGCAGGCGUUCCCCGCCAGGAAGCCGUCGAAGAAGAAAGACGCGGUGCCAGCACCGCCCUCGAGCGUGUCCGCGGUGGCACAGCCCGGCGGCUCGGCCGCGUCGACAGAAGGGCGACGGUGCCUGCACUGCGAGACGGACAGGACGCCGCAGUGGAGGACGGGGCCGAUGGGCCCCAAGACGCUGUGCAACGCGUGCGGGGUGCGGUACAAGUCAGGGCGGCUGGUGCCGGAGUACCGGCCCGCGGCGAGCCCCACCUUCGUGAUGUCCAAGCACUCCAACUCGCACCGGAAGGUGCUGGAGCUGCGCCGCCAGAAGGAGGUGGUGCAGCAGCCGCACCCGCACGUGAUCGCCGGCGGCGGGGGCCCUGCUGGCGGGCUGAUGCGCAUGCAGAGCACGAUGCUGUUCGACGGGCCGUCGGCGCCCCCCAUUGUCGCUGCCGGCGACGACUUUUUGAUCCACCACCACUUAGGGACAGCAGACUACCGGCAGCUCAUCUAGAUGAGUCAGUCUACUAGCUUUGUGCUAGAGUUGAUCAAUUAGCCCAGUAAUAAUUAAUGCAUCAGUUAAAAUCCAAGAACCCUCCUUUAAAAAUAUGAAAGAACUACUGAUCUUCACUUAGGAGUUCUUUUUUCCUCACCAAUUUUUGUUCAUUAGUUCGUGUGUUUCUGUUCAGCUCUUCGAAAUUUUCGUGGCGACCUUCUUAUGAUUUUGUCAUCCUUUUUUUUUUUGCCAGCCCUCCUCCUAACCAGCUUAUGAGAAUUCUAUGAGAGAGAGAGUUUCCCUAGCCCUUUUCUUCCUUUGUUUCUUAGCAUUCUGUAAUUCAAGGGCUGCUACAUAUCUUCCAGUAGCUCUCUGCAUUCUGCUUCCGGAACAUGAAAACAAGACUGGAAAUUUUGGCAUUUUAUUUUCCCCUUGUAAGACUCCCGUCAUCCCAUACGUUGAUGUGGUCCUCAUCACUUUUAUCAGUAUCUACUUCAAUUUGUUA